AUGUCAUCAAAUGCAAAUACAACAGCAACGAUGGAUUCCAUCAAAAAGAAAAUGCAAUCUAUGAAACUUGAAAAAGAGAAUGCUGCCGAUCGUGCCGAACAAGCUGAAAUAGCUCAAAAGGAUUUAGAAGAGAAAGUCAAAGCAUCUGAGGAAGAAGGCAAUAGUUUACAAAAAAAGAUUCAACAGAUCGAAUCAGAGCUCGAUGCUGUUCAAGAACAAUUAGCCGAAGCUAAUGCUAAACUCGAAGCCAAAGAGAAGAUUGCUACUGACGUAAGUCUUCUUAAUUAG